AUGGCGCAGGGCGUCCCUGAUUUAUCCCAAUUCGGUGAUGUUUACGAGUUUGGAUUUGGAUUGGGAGGUGAUCAACCUCCCACAAGUGCCAUUGUGAAGGAAGAAUUCCAGAGAAAAAUCAUCUAUCAAAUGAGUCCUCCGGAGGAUUCCACUCUAGCUGCUAUGCUUUUGAAGCCAGGACCUAUUCUGGCACUAACAUCUGCCAGGUUCAGCCAGGAGAAUGAGAGUGUGGAGAGUGUGCCUCGUGUUUACAUCAAAACACUAAAUGACAAUGUUUUGAAAGCAGAGCAACAAGAUGCUAUGAUAAAGAGAUGGCCACCGUCCGAUGUUUAUGUUUUGGAGAGUGACCACAGCCCAUUUUUCUCCACCCCAUUUCUGCUAUUCGGCUUGCUUAUCAAAGCUGCUGCUUCUUUUGGAUACUGUAUCUAG